AUGUGCAACAUAGUUCUGACAGCCGGUCUCUGCCUGGUCCUUGCCAGCUUGGGCUCUUCUGAAAGGCUGGUGUGUUACUUUAACAGCUUGGCAGAAGAUAGAGCAGACGCUGGGAAGUUCACGAUUGAGGAUAUCGAUCCGAACAAAUGUACCCAUCUGAUCUACGCCUUCUCUGACAUCAAUGAUUUCAAUGAGCUGGUCCCCACUAGAAGAGCAGACAUAUUCCGCUAUCAGUUGUUUAAUGGGCUCAAAACCAGAAAUCCUUCACUCAAAACCCUGUUGGCUGUUGGUGGCCCAACCUUUAACAAAGAAAAAUUCACUACAAUGGUGUCAACCACACAAAAGAGAACAACAUUCAGCCAGUCUGCUGUCGCAAUACUGAGAUUAUUUCAGUUUGAUGGGUUAAACCUGGACUGGAUGUACCCUGUGGGAGCAGGAGGCAACCCAGACAACAGGCAGAAAUUUACACUGUUGUGCAAGGAGCUCAAUGCUGCCUUUGAGACUGAAGGGAACGAACAUAACCGUGACCGAUUAAUCCUCACAGCAAGUGUCUCUGCUGAGAGAGAGGUCAUUGAUGCCAGUUAUGAAGUCGAAAAGAUUACCAAGGACCUGGACUUCCUCAAUGUGCUGACGUUUGACUUUCAUCGCUCCUGUGAAGAUGUCACAGGACAUCACAGUCCCUUAUACGGGGGAUCCCACGAUAUUGGAGACAAAAUCUACUAUAAUACUGACUCUGCCAUGCAGUAUUGGGUGGACAAAGGAGCACCUGCACAAUUGCUUAAUUUGGGACUAGGUGCAUAUGGGCGAGCUUUUACCCUCUCCUCUGCCUCCAGUGAUGUUGGAGCUCCAGCCAACGGCGCUGGUAAAAAAGGCUGCUACACUGGUGAAGAAGGAUUCUGGGCCUAUUAUGAGACUUGCCUUUAUACUAAAGGGGCUACAGUCCACUGGAUUGCUGAUCAGAAAGUUCCAUAUGCCAUCACAGAAAACCAGUGGGUUGGAUUUGAUGACACACUCAGCAUUAGUACGAAGGUCAGUUACCUAAAAGCAAAAAGCUUUGGAGGAGCCUUUGUUUGGUCUCUGGACCUGGAUGACUUCAGUGGAAAGUUCUGUAACCAGAGCAAAAGUCCCUUCAUCAGCCACCUGAAUUCUCUCCUGGUUCAAUGUCCCUGUUAUGGAGUGACAGCCGGUCUGGUUCCCCAUCCCUCGGACAAAUGUUCUUUUUUCAACUGUGGCCCUGAUGGAGCGCACCUCCAAAAGACCAGUGCUCAUAAAGUGUCCAGAAGGAAAGGAAUUCAAAAAAAAACCCAGCACCUGCGAAACAACUCCCACUGCUACAACCACAGCUCCCUCCACCACAACUCCUACAACAACAACUCCAACUUCCACUACCACAACUACAGCAAACGCAACUACCACUACAGCAACUCCUACUUCUAUAAAUAG